AUGGCGCUCACAGCUCACGAGCUUGCGCAACUGCGAGUAGCUCUGCAAGACGCAGUGGUGAGAUGCUCGGAGCGCUGCCUAUACCAGUCUGCAAAAUGGGCGGCGGAGCUGUUGACGUCUCUUCCCGAACCAACAGCCGAGGAGCUGGCAGACCAGAAUGCGGAGCAGCAGCAGCAUCAUCAUUUGUCGCCCGUCUUUUUGCCAAACCAGGACCCGGAAGAGGCGCAGCUCGAGGCCGGGGAGCUUAGCAAGUAUCUCCUGGCCAAGUCGCUCUUUGACUGCCGCGAGUAUGACCGCUGCGCCGCCGUCUUUUUGCCCGACGCUCUCUUUUCCACGGUGCUGGGCUCGAGAGCAGAUGCUGCGGGCGGCGGCUCGCCGAGCAAGGGGAAAAACAAGGCGAAAACGGCAGGGGCCGGCUCUGCUGCUGCCGCUUUUUCGCUGCCGCAAAUCAGCCAAAAGAGCCUGUUUCUCGCCCUGUACGCAAAGUUCUUGUCAGGCGAGAAGCGCAAGGCUGAGGAUUGCGAGAUGGUGACUGGGCCGCAGGACCUCGGAACUGUUGUGAAUAAGCAGCUGCUCGCAGUUGGGAGCUAUCUCUCGUCAUGGUUUGAAGCAAAGACUGUGGACAAUGAAGUGGCUGGAAGCCAAGGCUGGUUGGAAUAUUUAUAUGGCAUGGUCCUCGCAAAAGAAAAGAACGAUAAACGAGCUUUGGGCUUCUUCUUGCAGAGUGUGCACAAGUUUCCCAUGAACUGGGGCUGCUGGCUAGAAAUCACAUCGCUAACGUCGAGAAGCGAAGAGUUGGAUCGCAUAUCUCGACACUGCCCGCAGAACAUCAUGUCAUACAUGUUUCACUUACAUACGUCCCUCGAGCUGUACCAACAUUCGGCAAGUCUAGCCACUUCACUUGAGCAGCUCAUGGGCAUCUUUCCAACAUCACCUUUUCUUCUCACCUGUAACGCGCUAUUAGCAUAUCAUGAAAAGGACCUACUGCUAGCGGAACAGCAUUUCAGCCGCCUACUUUCCCUGCACCCGCAUCGCCUAGACUCCCUGGAUCACUAUUCCAAUAUUCUAUACGUUUUGAACCUCCGACCAAAACUCGCAUUCUUGGCGCAUCUAUGUUCUAGCGUGGACAAGUUUCGGCCCGAAUCUUGUGUUGUUAUCGGGAAUUACUACUCAUUAUUAUCCAUGCACGAAAAAGCCGUUCAGUAUUUCCGACGCGCGUUGACGCUAGACAGGACUUGCCUGUCCGCCUGGACGCUGAUGGGCCACGAAUAUGUCGAGCUCAAGAAUACCCACGCAGCCAUCGAAUCAUAUCGACGCGCAGUAGAUGUCAACCGCCGCGACUACCGUGCCUGGUACGGCCUGGGCCAGACAUAUGAGAUGCUGGAAAUGCAUACAUAUUCGCUGUGGUACUACAAGAAGGCCGCGGGCUUGCGGCCUUGGGAUGGUAAAAUGUGGAUGGCUGUUGGAUCUUGCUUGCAAAAGAUGGGAAGAGACCGUGACGGAAUCAAGGCUUUAAAACGUGCUCUGCUCGCGGAUACAUACUACGACGCGGGCAGCAGCCUUGGCCAUGGCGAUGGUUCGGGCUCACACGCGGCGACAACGCACAUGGACCCCGAAGUACUCUUACAGAUUGCAACCAUGUACGAGCAACUUGGCGAGGAAGAGGAAGCAAAAUCGUACAUGGAGCUCUGUGUUGGCCAGGAGGAUGGUGGCGGCGGCCCGGCUGGCAGAGAUGGAGACGGCGCGCUCAUGGACCCGUCGCAGACACACAAUGACUCGACAGGAGGAGGAUCGGACGACGGAGAGCGAGAGGAGGAAGAAGGACGCAACGAGGGAACAGGCGUCACGGCCGCAACUAGCAAGGCGCGCAUGUGGCUCGCCCGUUUUGCCAUGCGCACGUCGGAUUACAGUGUCGCUCACCGGCUCGCCACUGAACUCUGCCAAGACGGUGUUGAGGUGGAAGAGGCCAAGGCUCUAGUGCGCGAGGUCCGCUCACGCUUGGAUGCUUCGGAAGGAGGGCUAUUUACAUGA